AUGGAGGAGUUUAAUUCUCCUCAGUUAUUCCUAGUGUGGUUAUUAGGCAUCUCAUUUAUACAGAUAUACGUGCAAGCGCACAGUAUUGCAUCCAAGCCCUUGACUUACUUGGAGUUUGUCGGUAAUCCUAUAAUAGAAAGACUACCUAGGGAUAGAUUUGAAAUUCACAAUGCACACAGAGAUCCUGUAAAAGACAGUCCAUCGUUAAGACACGAUGAUUCUAUGCGCGUACAAUUUGUCGCAUUCAACCAAACAUUUAAUUUACAUCUUGAACCAAAUCUAGAAUUAUAUCACGCCGAAGCUAAAAUCACAUAUCAUCAUUCAAACAAUACUAGUUCAACCAUUAGACUAUUACCCGAAGAUCAUAGAUUGUAUAAAGGGAUAGUGUUAGGCAUUGAUUCUACAGAAAAACGACUUGUCGAGGAUAUAAUUGGUUUGAAAAGACAUUCAUUGUUUGAAGAACUUGCUUACUCACCUGGUGUGUUAGGCUGGGCAAGGAUACACGUCCUCGAUGACGGAAACUUAUCUGAAUAUGGUACCAAUACUCGCCAUCCAACCUUUGAAGGGACUUUUUCAUAUGAAAAUGAUUUAUACCAUAUAAAAUCAAUAGAAAAUUUUCACUCGAUUCAAUAUCCAGAAGAUCCCGAGAUCCCUAAUCCGUCAGCUCGACAUCAAUCUCAUCGUUUUGCUACCAUGGUUAUUUAUCGCGACUCUGAUAUAAAACAUUCGAAUCUAAGUAAACGAGCGAACACGUUAACCGAUCGUCAAGUACAAGGUUGUGCCAUGGAUGAUUUACCUUUCAAUGUUGAUCUGAAUAAUGAUUAUCGCAAAAUGCGUAAAGAAUGGGCAUUUCAAUAUAAUCAAGGGCAAAUAUCGACAAACGAAGAAGAUUCUUUAUGGAAUUUAAACUUUGCAGGUUUUCGUUUCAGUCGAGCUUCAAACGAAUCUACGAAACUUACAAAGAGGCAAACAGCCGCAGGAUGUCCCACAGCUCGAAAAAUCAAUUAUAUGGGUGCUGCGGCUGAUUGUACAUAUGUUAAGAAAUAUGGAUCACAAGAUGCAGCUCGCAAGCAAAUACUCAGUGAUUGGAAUACUGCUUCGGCUGUAUACGAAAGCACCUUUAAUGUUACUCUUGGUCUUAUUUCGCUGGACAUUCGAGAUGGGACAUGUCCUUCUCAACUUGAUCAAACUUCUUUGUGGAAUAGAGAAUGUGCAGAUAGCUAUAGCAUUAAUAAUCGAUUAAGCGAUUUUAGUUCUUGGAGGGGAACAAAAGGAGAUGAUGGCACUGGAUUAUGGCAUUUACUUACUACAUGCAGUACUGGCACAAAAGUAGGCGUUGCUUGGCUAGGGCAAUUAUGCGAAACAAAGGUCACUCAACAAAAUACUGAAUACGGUCUAGCCUCUGUCGCAAACACCGGAGUUUCGUCAGCAUCAAAAGAUGAAUGGAAAGUAGUUGCUCAUGAAGUUGGACAUGGUUUUGGUGCUAUUCACGAUUGCAUGUCAUUCGAUUGUCCUUGCACCGAUUGCCAAUGUUGUCCGUUGUCAAGCAGCACAUGCGAUGCUAACGCGCAAUACAUAAUGAAUCCUACCAGUAACAGCGUCUCAAAUUCGUUUAGCCCAUGCUCCAUUAACGAUAUAUGUUCUGCAUAUCCAAAUCUGGGAACCUGUCUUGGAGAUCCUGGAAAUAAGAAAAUCCUAAGCGAAGCGAUGUGCGGCAAUGGAAUAAAAGAAGACGGUGAAGAAUGUGAUUGUGGGACGGAAACAGAAUGUGCAAAUGACCCUUGUUGUAAUGGCAGUACGUGUAAAUUUAAAGCAGGCGCUAUAUGCGAUGAUCGAAAUGAUUUAUGCUGUAAGAAUUGUACUAUCCGAGCUGCCGGUACAGUGUGCAGACCUGCAAUUUCGAGUUGUGAUCUGGCCGAAGUAUGCAACGGGACAUCUGCUAUGUGUCCAACUGAUGCUCAUGUCAGUGACGGAUCUUCUUGUGGCGGUAAUGGGUUAGCUUGUGCUGGAGGACAAUGUACUUCGCGGGAUGCCCAAUGCGCUGCUCGAGGUUCUCGAUCGGGUAUCACAAAAUCCUGCAAAAUUAGUUCUGAUGGAUGUACAAUAACUUGUGCUAAUCCGGGCGAUAGUCGUUCUUGUCUUGAAUUAAGUGGAUCAUUUGUUGAUGGCACGCCAUGUGGAUACGGGGGAAAAUGUUCUAAAGGAUCAUGUCAAUCGGGUUCUUUUGGAAAUACGGUAAGUAGCUGGAUAGAUCAAAACAAGAAAAUAAUUAUUCCUGUUGCUGCUGUUUUAGGACUUAUGAUUUUGUGCAGUAUAAUUCAAUGCUGCUGUGGAUGCUUCAAACGACGAGGAAAACCAAGUCGACAAAGGGUUCUCUCUCAAGAACGUGUGAACCCUGCGUAUAAUAUUUCUGGAGCUUACAGUGUUCCCGCCUCAUCACCAACGAGACAAUACAGUACAAAUUGGGUAGACCCAACUCCAUAUAAUGGACUAACUCCUAAUCAACAAUCCUUCCAUUCACCUCCCACUACGGCACCUCCCACCACGGCACCACCCUACAGCCCUCAGCAAGCUUUUGCAGGCGCUGGCGUUUAA